AUGUCUACUUCGGAGUUACUGAAUCAUUGGGUUCAAUAUCUGGCACAAAGCCGACUGAAAGAUGACGUCAAAGGCUCUCACAUUGUUCUGGCGGUUUUUCUCAUCGCUAUCCUCAGCAUCGUCUUCUCCUCUCACCUCACAAGCGCGAGGCAACGAUACGUGCCGGGGGUGCCCAUUGUUGGUGGUGCCGACAAGGCUUCUAUCAAGAAAAACCGACUUCGGUUCGUGAAUGACAGCAUGAAUAUGCUUAGCGAAGGAUACGAGGAUACCAGAGGCGGCAUAUUCUACGUGCCUACCAAGCUGGGAGAGCGCUUGAUGCUGCCAGUCAAAUAUCUAGAUGAGCUCAAGUCAGCGCCAGUUAACGAGGUUGACUUCGUCGCCACAUUCAUCGAGAUGUUUGAAGGAAAGUAUACCACUAUGGGAAGUCGAUCAACGCUCCACCCCCGCGUUGUGCGCGGCCAGCUCAAUCGCAACCUGUGGACGGUCAUGGAUGAAAUUCAGGAUGAAAUUCGCGAUGCCUUUGACGAUGCGUUUCCAGCAUGUGAUGAGUGGACUGAAGUCAAUGUUGUCCAUCGCAUCACUCAAAUCGUGGCUCGCGUAUCCAGCCGUAUGUUUGGCGGCAAGGAACUGAGCCAGAACAAGGAAUGGGUUCAGUCAUCUAUUGCAUUUGCCAUCGAUGGCUUCAUUGGCGCGCAGGAGAUUAAGAAAUAUCCAGAGUUUUUGAAGCCGCUGGUCGCAAACCGCAUCGCUUCCAUCCAGAAUAUCAAGAAGCAUUACGUCGCAGCAGAGAAGGCGGCUAUACCGCUGAUUGAGCGCCGACGCGCCAGCGGCGAAGAUGCGCCAGACCUGCUUUAUUGGAUGGACGAGGAUGCCAAAGGUGAUGAGAAGGAUCCCGCGUUUCUCGCAAGCAUUCUGCUCAAGGUCAGCUUUGCAGCUAUCCAUACGAGUGCUGCGGCGCCGAGUCAGCUUCUGUAUGAUCUUUGCGCAAGACCUGAGUACCAGGAACCUCUGCGACAGGAGAUCAUGGCCAACUUGAGCGAUGACGGAACUCUGUCUAGGCAGGGAUUUCAGGGCUUGACGAAACUGGACAGCAUCAUGAAGGAGAGUCAGAGAUUUAACCCGCUGCUUCUAAUCACUUUCGAGAGGGUCGUGACAAGAAACUAUCAUCUCUCAGACGGGUUAGUCAUCCCUGCUAACACGACGAUCGGAAUUCCCACACAUGCCAUUUCCAUGGAUCCUGCCUUGUACCCCGAGCCUGAAAAGUUCAAGGGUUUCCGAUUCCAUGACUUGCACGACAAGGCACAGAAGCAAAAGGAAGAAGCGGCCAAGGAUGCGUCGGACAAGCAGCGCUCAUCACCUUCCGUGGCCUAUGCAGCGUCGCACUCGGCGAGCAUGGCUUUCGGCUAUGGCCGGCACGCUUGUCCUGGUCGUUUCUUUGCAUCUGCUGAAAUCAAGGCCAUCAUGGUCUAUUUGCUGAUGAAUUACGAUUUCAAGUUUCCUGAAGGCAAGCCGGAAAGACCGCAGAGCCUGCAGGUUGAGACGCAGAACCUGCCCGACCACGAUGCAACAAUAAUGUUUAGGAGACGCAAGUAG